AUGCAUCACAUUCAAUUCCAAGCUGCUCUUGCAGCCUGUAUAGCGAUAUUUCCGCUCUUUACUAGUGCUUUCUGGCGUCUGCCAUGUCGCGGGCGAACUGGUCUUGCCCGGCUGGAUCCUAUCAUCGACCCGGGACAACUAUCAUCGCAUGUACAUUCCGUUCAUGGCGGCGGAAACUUUGGCAUGGACUCGGAUAUGCAGAUCCUGAGGGAAUCGAAUUGUACCUCGUGUGGUGUGUUACAGGAUAUGUCUGCCUAUUGGACCCCGGCACUAUACUUCAUGCAUACCAAUGGGACUGCUCAAGUGGUCACUGAAGUUGGAGGCAUGCUUGCCUACUACUUACUCUACGGAGAGAAUAUCCAAGCAUUCCCAAACAACUUCCGAAUGGUUGCAGGUGAUCCCUUCCAGCGAAAUUUCACUUGGCCCAUCCCCGAUCCGCCCAAGUCCUCAUGGUCUGGUGCACAGGUUUCCCAGGAGGCACUACGCCAGAAAGCGAUAGGUUUCAACUGCCUGAACUACAAUGAAGCCGCCGAAGGAUCCCUCAUGCGUCAUUAUAUGCCAAGCAAAGAAUACCUGGAUGAGAACUGUGUCGACGGUCUCCGCCUGGAAUUGAUGUUCCCAUCCUGUUGGAAUGGCGAGGAUGUCGACUCCCCAGAUCAUAAAUCCCAUGUUGCGUAUCCCGACCUGGUCAUGACUGGGACCUGCCCAGAAGGAUACGAGACGCAACUGGUCUCCCUUUUCUACGAGACAAUCUGGGACACCUACGCAUUUAAAGAUGUAGACGGGUAUUUUGCGCUGGCGAAUGGAGAUCCCACUGGAUUUGGAUACCAUGGAGAUUUUCUUUUUGGUUGGGAAGAUGGCGUUCUACAACAAGCCGUGGAUACUUGCACAAGUGAGACCGGCAUUGUAAACGAUUGUGAAAUCUUCGAUAUUCAGGAAGAAGAAGAUCAGCGUCAGUGUUUCUUUGAGCAACAUUCCCUGCUCCAAGAUGAGAAUACCCAGGUGGAUGCUGCCGGUUUACCAGGUGGUGUCCCUAUUGAGUGGGGGCCUGCCUAUGCAUCCCCCAAGUCUACCUCAUCAUCCUCGCCUCGUCCAGUCUCUACUCCACAGGGAUUCCCUAUUGAUAUCCCUCAUUUCUCUAUUCCCCACCUCUCCUUUGAUUUCUCGAUUCAGGCAAGUGCAGAUACCCCAGAUGCCCCAGAUGCCAAUGGGCAACCUGUCUCAACAACUACUCCGGCUGCGAUCUCUACUUCCGCUCCCAGCCCAACACCAACACCCACAACCUCUAUUAAAAUCGAUCCUAUUGCUGAGGAAAUCAUAUACCUGGAGCAAGAUGUUGUUGUCAUGAUCGACCACGAUGGCGCUCCAUACUCUACCAGCAGAGGAACUAUGCGGACUGUUUCAACUGCUAUAACUACCGCCAGUGAAACAUCUACCGUUGUUUCAUAUGUUGAAAGAGACACAAUCCCAACAGAACCCGAAGACCAGGAUCAGAUCUUACACCACGCACGCAGACAUGUCCACCACCAUGGUCAUUUGCAUCAGCGAAGAAGCUAUGGAAAAACAUUCUGA